AUGUCCGCGAUCUAUCCCCUUCUUCCCCUGCUUCCCUUGCUUCCCCUUGUCACCGGCUACAUUCCCGCCGUGCCCACAAACAACACCGCCAGUCUUCCGGUGUUCAACACCACCUCCCUCUCCACAUUCACGCUCAAAUGGGAGCAACACGGUCAUCAGCCGUUGGGAAUCUACUCCACUGCUGUUAGUUACCAGCUUCCAGGCAACGGGAGCGCCGGUGUCACACAGCAGGGCGCAUUCGUCCACUUCACAGAGGACGCUGCGGCUGAUAGCCUGAACACUACCACACUCUGGAUCGCCUUCAUAUCCUGCGAUCAUAACGUGACAGGUGCGUCGACGGAAGAUAUCUUCACGCUCGCGCAAGAGCGAGGGGCUGUCAGCGCCCUCCUAUACUCCGCGUACUCCCAAUCCUGUCUCCUCAACCCCGCGUACCUUUCGCGAGAGUUCUACAAGCCCAUCGACGUCUUUGUCACCACCUCGCAGCAGAGCGUAGAACUCAUCGAGUCCCAAUUCGAGCAGGUCAAUGCCAGUUUUUACUCGUAUGACGCGUCGCUGCUUACACAAAACGCACUGUUGGUGAAUGAGAGCCUGGCGGAUAUGGAAACCGAUCAAGCCACAUACCUCGUCGGCUUGUUUCAGGUCAAAGCUUCGGACAACACAACUUCCCCAAAUACCUCUUCCGGCGCAGUGAGAGCGGCAAGCACGCCCGAUACGAUGAUUAUGCUCUACGUGACCGCCUGCAUCUCUCUCUUGUUGUGGGGUGUAGGCUAGAGUCGGGGCAGGGAGCGGCAGGGUGGGCAGUGCACUGACACUGGUUGACACGGACUGAACUGGAUAUUCUGUUUGCAACGAGGCCGCAAGUGGCUAGAUUCUGCCGGAGAUGCUGCUGCUGCCGUUGAUACUGAAACUCAUCCUGAUACCGACGCACGUUUCGGCACAUGCCGAGACAACACAUACCAAGAUCAUCAUCAUCCAACUACGCGAACCAUAUAACCACGAAUAUAGAAGUUGAUGAAACAGACAAACCUGGACUGGUUUACAAUAUUGUCAGGUCAUUAAUAACUCGGCAUUCGGCACGCUAUCGCCGGCCGGCACGGCAUCCCGCCUCGUCAACACAGCC